CGGCCUCCGGGGGCCGCGCGGGCGCAUUGGAUGUGCGGGGCGCGGGCGUGCGGUGGGGCUUUGAACCGGGAGCCGGGGCGCAGCGGGCCAUGGCCGAGGCGCGCGUGUCGCGCUGGUACUUCGGGGGGCUGGCCUCCUGCGGGGCCGCCUGCUGCACGCACCCGCUGGACCUGCUCAAGGUGCACCUGCAGACACAGCAGGAGGUGAGGCUGCGGAUGACUGGCAUGGCGCUGCAGGUGUUGCGCUCUGACGGGGUCCUGGCGCUCUACAGUGGCCUGAGCGCCUCCCUCUGCAGACAGAUGUCCUACUCCCUGACUCGGUUUGCCAUCUACGAGAGUGUGCGGGACCGCGUGAGCCAGGGCAGCCAGGGGCCCCUGCCCUUCCACAAGAAGGUGCUCCUGGGCGCCGUCAGCGGUUUGACCGGUGGUUUCGUGGGGACCCCUGCAGACUUGGUGAAUGUCAGGAUGCAGAACGACGUGAAGCUGCCCCCGGGCCAGCGGCGCAACUAUGCCCAUGCCCUGGACGGCCUGUACCGCGUGGCCCGGGAAGAGGGUCUGAAGAAGCUGUUCUCGGGUGCGACCAUGGCGUCUAGCCGCGGGGCCUUGGUCACGGUGGGCCAGCUGUCCUGCUAUGACCAGGCCAAGCAGCUGGUGCUCGGCACGGGGUACCUGUCUGACGGUGUCGUCACCCACUUUGUCGCCAGCUUCGUCGCGGGUGGCUGUGCCACAUUCUUAUGCCAGCCUCUGGACGUGCUAAAGACCCGCCUGAUGAACGCCGGGGGCGAGUACCGGGGUGUGCUCCACUGUGCCCUGGAGACAGCCAAGCUUGGACCAUUGGCUUUCUACAAGGGCCUCUUUCCUGCGGGCAUCCGCCUGGUGCCGCACACCGUGCUCACCUUCGUGUUCCUGGAGCAGCUCCGCAAGCACUUUGGCGUCCGGGUGCUGUCCUGAGCCACGGGCCACCAGGCCGCCAGCGCGCCGUUCUUCCAGAGAUGGUGGUGCUGAGCCCAGCGUCCCCAGGGCCCCAGCCCCCGCCCCGCCCUGGACACCCUGCCCGUCCUGCUCGCAGUCCCCUCACUCACUCAGGGAGAGCCCCGGGCUAGGAGGCCACCCUGGCCCGCCAGCUCCCGCCAGCAGCUGGCACUGGAGCGGGUGCCACCCCUGCCCUCUGCUCCUGCCCCACCCAGCCCCUGGGGCUCAUUCCUUUCCCAAGUCGCUGGGCCACAGCGCCAUGCUCUAGCAGCUUCUGCCGAGGCUGGGCAGAGCAGGCCACGGUUCGCCUUACAAGGGACCACACCUUCGGUGUCCUCGAAGGACGCCCACUCCAGGAGGGACGACAGGUGACACAGGUUGGCUGUGGGGACGGGGAGGCCAUGCUCGCUGGUGGCGCAGAGGUCACUGAGGGCCCACGCACCUAGCCCUGCUGCUUUGCUGUCUUGUCAAAACCUCCCAGCGCCCAGAGGCAGUUGCCAUCUUUGGUAACUAGUCCCUCAGCGUCCCCAGGCACCCCCGCCCAGGUCCCAGGAAGGGCGGGCCACGCCAGCCAGAACUGGGCUGCGGCCCUUGCCCCACCCCUUUGUGGACAGCGGUCACUCCUUGAGAGCCCCUAAGCGGCCAAAAAUGCCUCCUGGCUCCGUGGCCACAGCCGCCCAUUCCCAGCAACCAGGCCUGGCCACCAUGCUGUCUGCCUCCUGGGUGCCCUCGACUCAGCAGCCACCCGGACACUGGCCCCAGAGCUGUCAAUAAACCACAUGGACCGCC